AUGACCGCAGUCAUUGACAGAGACGUCGUGACUUCGGUCUCCACGUCAAACAGCGGCGACGCUACGCCCACAUCAUCCGGCACGUCCAUCAAAGGGAAAGGCCGCCAGCGGCUGCUUCGCGGCCUUCAACGAAUAUCCUCCUCGCCCUCGUUGAAUGGUCUUCGUCGUUCGAGGUCAGCGAGCAGCCCGUACAGCACCAGGGCCUCACUCUCUUGUGUGAGCCUCGCUGCCGUCGCGCCUCCCCAGACUCCGUCCACUGCCAGAUCGUCCACUCCUCAACCGUCACCACUGGGCCUGCCGAGCGCCCCGGUUUCCCUCUCACAGGCCUCGACCCACGAGUUUCCCUUAUACGACAACACCCAAGGCCAGCUGUCUGUCCGUAAGGUUGACAACAUUGACCCGAAUAGGCCGCCGCCGACUGCGACCGUUCCUGCCGGCGUUGCCUUUGCCAAACACGAAGCGUCCGCCAAAGCACAGGCGGUGGUAAAAGCACACCCUAAGCCUGCGUUCCCGUUUUGGGAAAAGAUGCCGCACGAGCUCCGGGUCCAGAUAUUCUCGUUUCUAGGACCCAAAGAGCUUGUCCGAUCCUCUCGAGUGAGCAAGUCUUUUUACAGGUUUUGCUUUGACGGGCAGCUUUGGACGUCGCUGGAUGCUUCCGAAUUCUAUCAGGACAUUCCGGCCGAGUCGCUGUCCAGAAUCAUCGUGGCUGCUGGUCCAUUCAUCAAGGAUUUGAACCUUCGAGGCUGCGUGCAAGUCGAGCACUAUAAGCGGACAGAAGUCAUCGUCAAAGCUUGCAGGAACCUGAUGAAUGCUACUCUGGAAGGCUGCCGAAACUUUCAAAAGAGCACUCUGCACACCCUGUUGAGGGCCAACGACAAGCUAAUCCAUCUCAACUUGACAGGCCUGUCGGCCGUGUCAAACACGUCUUGCAAAAUCAUCGCCGAAUCAUGCCCACAGCUAGAAACAUUGAACGUGUCGUGGUGCGACAAGGUGGAGGCCAAGGGAAUCAAAGCUAUUGUCGAAUCAUGCCCCAAACUGAGAGACCUAAGGGCUGGCGAAGUCCGUGGCUUCGAUGAUAUUUCGACUGCCGAGACUAUUUACAACACCAACAAUCUGGAGCGUCUUGUUCUUUGCGGAUGUGUCGAGCUGACCGAUGACGCCCUCAAGGUCAUGAUGCAGGGCACCAGCCCGGAAAUCGACAUUCUCACCGACAGACCCAUUGUUCCUCCACGGAAACUAAGACAUCUCGACCUGAGUCGAUGCAACCGCCUGUCCAGCGCCGGCGUCAAAGCCAUUGGAUACGCCGUGCCCGAACUACAAGGCCUCCGACUUUCUGGGUGCAAAACGCUCACUGAUGCGGCGCUCGAGCCCAUCCUAGCAUCCACGCCUCGGCUUACACAUCUUGAGUUGGAGGAUCUCGAAGACCUCACGAACGCUCUCAUGUCUGAACACCUUGCCAGGGCCCCCUGUGCAGACACCUUGGAGCAUCUUUCAAUUAGCUACUGUGAAAACAUUGGCGAUGUCGGCAUGUUACCCGUACUCCAAAAAUGCCUACGCCUGAGGAGCAUUGACAUGGACAACACACGGAUCAGCGAUCUCUCCUUGGCAGAAGCCGCAGCCAUGGUCAAUAAGCGCUCACAGAGAUGGCCUCGGGCCAAUGACCGGCCGGAGGUUACCCUACAGCUGGUCGUGUACGACUGUCAAAACGUAACGUGGACCGGCAUCCGAGAAGUUCUGUUUCGAAACGCCCAUGUCAAACCAGCUGCGGGAGAGCCGGGGAAAGUGACAUAUCCCACAGAGGUUAUUGGCCUGAAGUGCUUCUACGGCUUUCAGAUGACGGUCGACGAGCAUCAGAAGCGUGUGCUGCGAGGAGACUUCUCGUCUGCCGGCAGGCUGGAGAGGAAAUGGGCAGACUACAUGCAAGCAAACGAGGAGGUCGGAAUGGGAGGCGCAGGACAACGACGACGGAGACGACGCGCCAGAGAGGCCCAUGCUCAACACCUGAAUGAAGAAGACGGCGGCCUUGUGGGCCGCCGACGAGCACGAACAAUGGGAGCUUGUUCGAUGAUGUAA